UGCCAUAUUCUUCAUUCUCUCACCCAAAAUAUAUAGAAAAAGAAAUUCUUUAUUUUUUCUCUCAACAGUGCAAAAGGAAGACAGAAGGAAAGAGAAGAGCAGCAGAAGAAGGAGACAGCUAUGGAGAGUUUGUCACCAAACCACAAAGGCCAUCAAGACUAGGGGGAAAACCCACAUUGCAGUUACUGUAGGAUUUGUUCCUGGGCAUGGGAAAGACGGAGGAUGAGCAGCCCUUACCCAUAGCUGGAGAGGGUGAGCUAAGGGCACACCAAAAUGCGGAAAACAGAAGGUGCUGCUGGAGAAUCAGUGAGAGGGUGAGUUUCAGAUGCGUGUUUGCUCUGCUUCUUGGUCUGGGCGUCUUGCUCUCUGCUCUCUUCUUGCUCCCAUUCUUCCACCAUGGAGAUCCAGAGGAUCGGGGUCUGGAUUCUAGGUUUGGAGGGCAUGAGAUAGUAGCGAGCUUUAUGCUUGAGAAACCAGUUUCUCUCUUGGAGGAUCAUAUCUUGCAGCUUGAAGAUGAAAUUUUGGAUGAAAUAAGUGUUUCCAACACCAAAGUGGAUAUACUUUCUUUGGAAACUUCAGCCCUAUCAAACAAAACCAAGGUCGUCUUUGCUGUUGAUUCUGAUGUCAAAAGUACGAGUAUCUCUCCAACAGCCAAGGCUCUCAUCCAAGACAACUUUGUAUAUAUACUUAAUCAUCAAACAAAUAUGAGCUUGACUACAGAAUCUUUGUUUGGGAACCCCGUAUCAUUUGAGGUGCUGAAAUUCAAAGGAGGGAUUACUGUUGCGCCCUUACAGAAAGCAUUCACCUGGCAGAAAGUUCAGAUCGUUUUCAACUUCACCUUGAACUUUUCCAUUGAAGAAUUACAAGUUUACUUUGAUGAACUAACACAACAAUUGAAGUCGGGCUUACACCUUUCUCCAUAUGAGAAUUUGUUUAUCAGCUUAAUAAACUCGAAGGGUUCAACAGUGGACCCUCCCACCAUUGUUAGGUCGCAAGUCUUUUUGGUGGUUGGGGUUCUCUCAAAGUCGAGGCAGAAGCAGUUGGCUCAAACGAUUACUGGCUCUCAUGAAAAAAAUCUUGGCCUGAAUCACACGGUGUUUGGUAGGGUUAAACAAGUCAGCCUUUCUUCUACUGUGAAUGGCAGUGCUGGUGGUAGUCCAUCACCUUCUCCCGCCCCUCUUCCUCAUAACCACCACCACCAUCACCACCACCACCACCACCAUCACCACCAUCAUCACCACCAUCACCACCACCACCACCACCACCAUCAUCAUCAUCAUCAUCAUCAAGAUUCCAAUCUUGCUCCUGCAAUUUCGCCUUCUCCAAUACCCAUGCCAGUUCUUGCACCUGCCCCUGUGCCUACUCCACAUAAGAUUCACGAGGCCAAGCCUCCUGCUCCUCCAUUUGGUCCAAAACGGAGGUCCCCAACUAAGGAAAUUAGGCAUAGGCGUAUGCCACCUGUUGCAUCUCCCGUCUCUGCACCAAAUGUUGCUCCCUUCGUGGAACCAAAACGAGAGGCUUCAGCACCUAGUCCGCAUAAAGUUCGUUCUUCAAGGCCACUGCCAAAUGUAGUUUAUGCUGUUGUUCCUCCCCCAUCAACGAGUAUAUCUGAUGCAGAGCCUCCUGACAAGACACAUUCAAUUUCACAUUUCUCAUCAUCAGCAUCCACAGGCAUCGUUUAUCCGUACAUAUGGGCUUUCCUUUUGUUUCUAAUUGCACUACGUCCAUAGCAACAUAACACGACACUAAGAAAAUCACCUCGUGUAAUCGGAGAAAGAGGAGUUACGUUCCACGUGUUAUUUCAUACAGGCGAAACAAAGCAAAGACAAGAGAACUUUGCAGCGGAGCAGGAGGGAGCAAGGCGAAAAGCCCAAAAGGGCAUCCGUGCUUCAGGUUGAGUGGAUAUAUGUGUUUUGUGCGUGUAAAUACUGAUUAAAAAUCGAGCACCGGGAUGCAUUUUCAGGUCAAAGUCGCAGAGGUGACAGGCCUGGUAAAACAUGCAUCGUCGCUGCUACGAAUGAUCUCUCCUACAUAAGAUGGUAGGAGAGAUUGAAACCAGCAAGUGUAUAAACAACACAUUUUUGUUGCUAAUAUCUUUCUAAAAGUUGAAUUUUCAGCAGUAAAAAUAGCAUUUAAUUCC